CAGGUCCUAUUUCCUGGAAGACAAGUCCCAUAAUGAAUUUUUCUAACCUAGGAAGUACCCACAUCUUGUAGUGAAGGGAACUAUGGAACACAGAGCUAAUCAUGGAGAUCAGGAGAGACCCAGCCUUCGUCUGGAAAAGCUACAGCACUGGGCAAGACACAGACAAAGUGGACACCUCUUGGUGCUGGCGGUAAGCCAGUUAUGGCUGGCAAUUGCUAUGGUGCCCUUUGCUAUCUCAGUUGCCUGCUUGAAUUCUGCUUGUUACAUGGCCACUGCACUGCCACUGGGGCCUGGAGUCUUGGGUCUUCUCACUGGGACUGUCACUCUUGAGCUUCGCAGAGCACCCUGCCUUUGGAAGGUGCGGGCCAUGAUGAUAUUCAACAUCUUCAACUUGAUCUUGGGCUUCAUCGUGGUAGUGGUGGAGGUGAUGAAGACAGCCUUGGGGCCUGCCCCUACUGCCCCCUCCCAGUUGGCAGGCUUGCUGGUACUGGAGCUCAGUGCUGAGGCCUUCACCCUAGGGGGAGUACUGUUCUCAGCAUAUGCCUUAUUCUUGUUGAGCCAGAGGAAGCCAGGAUGCUUCAGGAGCCAGAGUCUGCACUACCAGGAAUUGCAGGAGGGCCCCUCUGAAAUGGAGGAGAUUGCUGGUUUGGAGAAUGGUCCCAGAGUGGCCAGCACAGGAAAUGGAACCAAUGAGUGAUCAAGCAAGGGGAAGCAGACAGGUGCUACUGUCCUAAAAGGGCAUUCUUCAGACUCUCCAGUAUCUCACUUACCAAACUCAAAGAGCUAGCUGCACUCCUUUGAGUCAUGCAUGAAGUCCAGAAGAGUGCUUUCAGUUUUCACUCAAAGCAAGCCCUUUCUUCUGCCUUCCCCUCUAGAGGAAGGGAGUCCUACUCAUUUCACCCCUGUAAAACUGCUUCCUCCCAUCCACCUCCCCCUUUCCUAUUGCUCAUUCAUCUUCACAUCUGCCUCAUUUCACUGUUCUUUUCGGUCCACCUUUCACAACCCUAUACACUCCAUGCCCGUUCCAGCGCACACCAACCCUGAAUCUAAGUCAGGGGUGCUCCAGUUCUCCAUUGGAUCC